UUAAAGGCAUACCAGUCAUUGAGCAACAACACCCCAGCCCAAAAGAAAACCAAAAAACGCCUUCGGCAGUUUCGAUAUUAUUAUUUUUUCACUUUUUUUUUAAAAUCUAUUUGGUAAUAUCGAAUCGUCAGUACAUUUCGGCAUUCAUCUCCACUUAAUUGACAUGAGCAACAUAUAAGCCUCCACUCGUACAAAUAAGUAUAUAUAAUACUAAAUGUUCAGAAAAGAACACAGCAGCAAAAAAAAAAAAUCGAUAUUCUCCUCGUUUUGCGUUGUGUGUAUGCUAAGAAUGGAUUCGAGACUGAAAAUAAUGUUCAACAUUGCUAGUACUUUGGGAAUGGGUUGUAUGUAGAAGAGACUGCAUUAACAUUAUUGAGACGCAAACUUUUUGAGUGGAAGCAUUAUUGGGUGGAAUAUGGCUAAAGGAGGACACAAAAAAUCGCAUGCAUCUCGAGCUGAAACAAAAACGCAGCCUGAGGUGCUAGAAAAUAAAAACCAUGUUGCAGUUGAUGAUACUGAGGAUAUGAAUUCUGGAUUUGGAGAAUAUAUGCGAUCUGGUGAAGGUAUGGCCAUGAUGAAAUUAUUUGUAAUUGGUAACACUCUAAUCCUGUUCGUUACAAUGGCCUGGCCAAAUAUUCAACAAACGUUUGAAAUUUUGCGAGACUUUUACAACGGUGAUUACUAGAAGCGGUAAUACUUCAAAACUUUUCUUUUCCACCGUCGCUAAAUACACAAUCGUGGAAAAUUAUGAUUGGCUCUGCAGUGAAAGGUCUUUUCUUCAUUUACAUAAUAUUCUGGUACAGUACCGGUAUAUGGAAAAUGAUAAACGAUUAC